GACAUCUCCGCCGACGUCGAGGACACUCUCCAGCAACUCCCACCCCUUCCCUCCCCACCCCUCCCCACCCAUCCUGACUUCACCCACUGCACUCCCCCGGUCCUCCCCACCUACCGCAAAUUCUCCAUCUUUACCGCCGGCAGCAUAGAAAUGGGCCGUGCCAUCCAAUGGCAACGCCACCUCCUGCACUUCCUCUGCGACCUGCCCAUCACCGUCUGCAACCCGCGCCGCGGCCACUGGGACGUCACCGUCACGCCGAGGGAGAAGGACCUGGCAUUCAACCGUCAGGUGCAGUGGGAGCUUUCAGCCUUGGAGCACGUCGAAGUGAUUGCCUUCUUCUUCGACAAGGCGACGACGAGUCCCGUGACGAUGCUGGAGUUGGGCCUGUGGGCCAAGAGCGGCAAGGUGGUCGUGUGCUGUCAUCGGGACUUCCAUAAGGCGGGGAAUGUGCACAUCACGUGUAGGAGGUAUGGGAUCGAGUUUGUCGAGACGUUUGACGAGUUUGUGCCGCUGAUUCGGAAGAUGUUGGAGAGCAAGGGGUUGAGGGUUAAUGAGCGGGGGAAUGUGGUG